GCGUCGACAGCGUCGAUUCCCUUCCUCUUCAAUCAGAGUUGCUAAGAAGUAACGAAUCGACGGGCAGACUGAUUGUAGCCUUAUGGACCGGUAACAUCGUAGAUACCGUUAGUUUACACGUUCUUGUUAUAAUUGUUAUUUAACUAGUAGAAAUGCCACGAAUUACGUUUUUACAUCCCGAUCUUGGAAUCGGAGGAGCAGAAAGAUUAGUAGUUGAUGCGGCGUUAGCUUUACAAAAUGAAGGUUAUGAAGUUAAUUUCGUGACAACUCAUCACGACACGGAGCAUUGUUUCUCCGAAACCAAGGAUGGAACAGUUCCUGUUACGGUUGUGGGGAACUGGUUACCCAGGCAUAUUUUGGGUAGAUUUUUCGCACUUUUUGCUUACAUUCGUAUGAUUUAUGCAGCUGUUUAUAUCAUUUUGUGCGAACAUCGACCGGAAAUUGUUUUUUGUGACUUAGUUUCUGUAUGUAUUCCUAUUCUUCGUUUACGAAUUCCACACGUAAUCUAUUACUGCCAUUAUCCAGAUCAGUUACUUUCGCGACCAGAAGGCAUUGGUAAACGAUUGUACCGUGUACCUCUUAACUAUUUGGAAGAAAUUACUACUGGAAUGGCACAUAAAAUAUUUGUAAAUAGCAUGUACACAUGUAGUGUAUUCAGGGAUACUUUUAAGAGAUUACAUAUCGAACCUGAAGUUUUAUAUCCUUCCAUUAAUACAGAUUUCUUUGAUAAAACUCGAAUAAUAUCCUUGGAAAGGGUACUUGAUAAAAAAUUACCAUCGGAUAGCAUUGUACUCUUAUCAAUUAAUAGAUACGAACGUAAGAAAAAUUUAAGAUUAGCAGUGGAAGCAUUAGCAGAACUUAAAAACCAUUUAACAGAUAAAGAUUACAAAAAAGUACAUUUAAUUAUGGCUGGUGGAUAUGAUAAAAGAGUAGAGGAAAAUGUAGAACAUUACUUGGAAUUAAUAGGGCUUGCAGAUGAACUGCAUGUCUCUGACAAAGUAACAUUCCUUCGUUCCCCUUCAGAUAUUGAUAAAGUAUCGAUUCUACAUCAUUGUAAAAUUUUACUGUAUACUCCGCCGAACGAACACUUUGGUAUUGUUCCGCUCGAAGCAAUGUAUACGAGUAAACCAGUAAUCGCGCAUAAUUCUGGUGGUCCAAAAGAAUCCAUAGUGUCUGGGGUCACCGGAUUUUUAGUUGAUUUAUCCGGUGAUGCAUUUGCUUCAAAAAUUGCGUACUUAAUUAAAAAUCCAACGUAUAUACAAGAAUUUGGUAAUGCCGGUAAAGAUAGAUUCAUGAAAACUUUCAGUUUCGUUGCAUUUAGCGCUCAGUUGAACAAAGCAAUCGAAAACUUAAUUAGCAAUAAAAAAUUAAAAGAAAAUUAAAAUUUUUAAACUUUGCAACAGAGGCAG